UAAUUUUGUGCUUGUAGAAAUCUAAAAUUAGAACUUGCGACAAAAAUCAGAAAACUUGGCGAAGUAGAUUAGCGAACAGGCAUCGGCUGUGAUGAAGCGGAAAAAACUUGGGUGGAAACUGGAAUGGAAAUCUCUAACCAGACAGACGUUUAUGGGUCCCAUAAUCUUUUAGUUUGAAAUGCAUGUAGUGUUCGCAUGAUUCUUGAAGUGGAUUAGUACUUCUUGAUCGUCAUCGUGAUGUGUUCCAUCCUCUAUGCACUGCAACUGAUUUGAAGGACAAAUACUGGAGCAUUAGGUUAGCUAAGUUGAGAGAACUUUUUGAUGGUAAUGACUUCAGUGAUGAUGACUUUGAGGAAGAAGGCAACGAUGAUGAAUCUGAGGGUAAAAUUGAGGAUUACGACUCUGUGGAAGACAGCGAGGAUGAACCUGAUGGUGAUAUUUCUGACAAGUAAGACAAUGUGCCUGGUGAUAUUCCUUUUGCUGGUGCUGGAAGUAAUGAUAGUUCCGAGUCUGAGGGAGACAAGGGUGAUAUUUCUGAGAAAGGAGAUGAUAGUGAUGAUAGUUCUGACUCGAAGGAAGACAACGAUGAUGAACCCAAGGGUGAUACUUCUGACAAUGAAGAUCAUAUGCCCAGUGAUAUUCCUUUUGCUGGUGCUGAAUUUGCAGGGGUCGCAGCUUUCGGUGGUAUGUCUGACAAUGAAGAUAAUUCACCAGGGUACCAAAUCGGUGAUGUUCCUUCUGCUGGUGCUGUGAAUGCCGGCAUCGCUGCUUUGGGUGAUAUGCCUGACAAUGAAGAUAAUUCACCAGGCUACGAAGUCAGUGAUGUCACUUUUGCUGGUGCUGAGAAUGCCGGCAUCGCUGCUUCAGGACUUCCAGGUGAUAUGUCUGACAAUGAAAAUCAUUCUCCCGGGUACCAUGUCAGUGACGUUCUUCCUGCUGGUGCUGAGAUUGCAGGCGUCGCUGCUUGGGGAAAUGAGGGCGACAAAAUUGCAUAUUUAGAUGCCAUGGGUGGUAUAGUUGCUGUUAACGACGUAGCAGAUAAAGCUGAGGACAUUGCAAAUGCAAAAGAUGACGAAGCUAGAGGGUUUGCUGAAUCUGAAGGCUGCCUCAGUGACGCAAGUUCCUUAGCACUACAACUCCUUGGCCGUACUACUUCAAUGAAACAGACACUUGCCACGGAUUACCAAGGACAGAAUGCAAUGUUUGCCAAUGGGAAGGUUCCGUUAAUGGAAGAGAUAAGUAGUUUUCUGGUCACACGGAAAAAACUGUUAGAUAUGCACUUAAUGGAGCAGGGAACGUUGCAAGGGUUAUUGGUGGAUGUGUUAACUAAAUCUGACAGCCACAGCAGUGACGCGGCAUCCUUUGCAUUGCAGCUCCAAAAUCGAAUUGGACUAAACAAUCCAUCCGAGUAAUGUCUUGGUAAUGAAAGUUGGAAUUGGUGGUCAUUGUCACUUGGAGUGAGUGACAGCCGAGAGAAGAGGCGUUGAAGUGAAGAGAAAAAGAAGAAGAAAUUUAGUUUCCUAGAAUUAGGUUAAACAUACUCUCGUACGAUAGACGAAGGGUUAAAAUUAAAACUGAUAUUUUGAUAAACUGUUAUAACUUAACUCUUAUUAACAGUUCGAUUUGGUCUACUUUAGACCCCAAACCGUGCACCGAGACGACAGAUCAACGGUUCUCAUUUCAUAAGUCGUCAACGAUCACCGAGAUGACAGAUCAACGGUUCUCAUUUCAUAAGUCGUCAACGAUCGUUGGAUGAAUGGUUCGGCUCGGGUUCUGUCCGGUCUUGCCGGUUUCAUCUUGGUUUUAUGUGCAUCCCUAGUUAUAAGGAUUCAUUACUUGUAAGUGUGUAACUCACACGCGUGUCUUCAUAUUGUAAGUGUGUCAUUCACACGUGUACUACUGUCUAAAGAUACAACUAUUAUAACAUAAUUAAUAAUUUCAUUAUGUCUUAUUUUCUUCUGUCCAGAGUCUGUCUGUACUGAA